AUGAACGACUAUCAUCAGAUAAAUACUACUAAUAGAAUAUCUUCAACAGCACCAACAACACCUUGUGUUGGAACAAAACAUUUUAAUCUACCUUGCAAUAACAAUAACAACCUAUCUAUGCAACAGCAGCAACAAAUAUCCGAGGAGGAACAGGAUAUUCCUUCUUUACAUGAUCUAAUCCACAACUCAACCACUACCUUGGAUAAACAAACUACAACCCAAGGCAAUGACAAUGAUGAUGACGACAACAGCAACAGCAACAGCAACAGCAACAACAACAACAACAACGCUGUCUCAUACCAUAACCCCAACAUCACCCUACAUUCCUUCAACAAUUACCUUUCUUCCAUACAUUGUCAAGAAAAUUUACAAUUUAUACUUGAACUCAACAAAUUCCUAACAUCAACAAAUAAAAGCAACACAAACGAAACACUAACGCAUUGGCAACAAAUUUAUUCCAAAUUUCUUAUUGCUGAAUCAGAUUGGGAAGUCAAUUUACCCAGCCGAUUAAGUUCAAAUUUACAUUUUGCUCAAUACCCCAAUGAAUCUACUUUACACAAUUGUAAAUCGUACAUUAUAAAUGAAUUAUUGCAAAAUUUAUAUCAUGAAUAUUUGAAAACUGUGACAAAGAAUAAAUGUGGACUAUACAGAAGACGAUCAGUUGCUAUGGGGUCAUUACCAAUGAGAAAGAAUAGCAAUCCAAUUACUGAAGAUAACAAGGAUAACAAGGAUAACAAGGAUAAUAAUGAAUCUACCUUUAGUUCAAAUGCACUACUGCCUGAUCAUGUGAGGCCAACGAUUGAUACUGCCAUCAUAGAACAACAAUGUCCUUUGACUCCACCAUAUUCGCCACCACCACAGUUGCAAUUGCAACAGACACCACAGACACCAGUAGUGCUGCAAUAUUUACAAAUACCAGCCUCUGCCCUGUCUUCUCAAUCACAGCCACAUUCACUGUUGACUCGUCAUAUUUCAUUCUUUGGUAGAAAUAGCAAGAGACGCCACAGUAGUAAUAGCACUAAAACUACCGUCACCACCAACGCUCAUAAACAUCAUGAUCAUCAUAGCCACCAUGACAACAAAAGCAAAAGCAAAAGCAAUAACAGUAUCAGUCCUACUCGCAAACACAGCCACAGCAAAAUCAAAAACCACAAGUUUUCAUCAGUAAUGAUUGAUGGUUAUGAUUACUACUCUAUCCCAGUUGAUAUGGAUAAUAGCAGCUUCAUAUCAUCAACAUCUUCGUCAUCUGCAUCGUCAUCUUCAUUACCUCCUACUUCUAGAUCACGUCCACCUUCAGUAUGUUCCAAUUUAGUGUCUGAUGUCUUAUCUUCAUCUUCAUCAGCAGCAUCUACAAAAUCAUUAACUGCUGAUGUAUCACCAAAGGAGUUGCAUGAUACUCCUGCUUCAUCAAGAAACAAUUCAAGUAGUUCCAAAUCAGGUCCAUCGAAUUAUUACAAAAGUCAAAUCACUACACCCAUUACCAUGGUUACUAGUCCUACUACUCUAAGUGGCGCUGGUGGUAGUAUACACAAGAUUGUUGAUAAUUCAAUGAGCUACUUCAAUAAGAUGAAGAAGUUUAAAUUCAAGAGGAAUAAUCAUGAAGAUUAUGACGAUGAGUGUUAG